GGUGAAGAAGAACUUCCAGAUGUCCUAGACUCCAUCUUAAAAGAAGAAGGAAUCCUUCCCAAAUUGAUCAGAAUACUUGUUGACAGAAGAAAAUAUCUUAAAGGGCUUAUGACGAACCCAAACACAUCAGCUGAAGAUGCUCAGCUUUGUGAUAUUCGACAAAAAGCACUUAAACUUACUGCAAAUAGUAUGUAUGGCUGCUUGGGGUUUACAAAUUCAAGAUUUUAUGCAAAACCAUUGGCAGUUUUAAUCACUUCAAAAGGAAGAGAAAUCUUACAGGAUAUUGUUGAUUUGGCAGAAAAAGAAUCAAUGGAGGUUAUUUAUGGCGACACAGAUUCAAUAUUGAUCAAUACAAACAUAUCAGAAAUGCAAAAGGCAUUAGAAGUUGUAAAAAUUUUGAAAGAAAAAGUUAAUAAACGAUACAAAUCGCUUGAGAUAGAUAUUGAUGGAUUUUUUGAAAACCUUUUAUUAUUAAGGAGAAAGGAAUAUGAGAAAUUGAAAAAUCUAAAUCCAUCUUUAAAUUUUGUUGAUGAUUAUCUGUCAAAUGUGCAGCAAGAUAUGUAG